UCAUUCAGGUAACAUUUGGAGGCCUCUCACUCACACACACACACACACACAAGCACACACAUUACAAACACAUCUUCUUGCUAAUUGCUAUACGAGAUUACUUGAUCAAACAUUAGAACAAUGCCAACCUCUUCAUAUAUCUUCUUGUUUCUAUGCCUAAUGCACUGUCUCUCCUUCACAAAUGGGGCUCAAAUCAUCUUAGUUAACAACUGCAAGGAAAGCUUAUGGCCUGGAAUACUCGGCGGUGCAGGCCAUCCUACCCCUAAAGAUGGUGGUUUCCAUCUAGGCAGCGGCGAGGAAGUAGUCAUGGACGCGCCUGAUAAGUGGUCAGGGAGGAUAUGGGGCAGACAAGGUUGUUGUUUUGACAAUAAUGGUAAGGGCACAUGUGACACCGGAGAUUGUGCAGGCGGACUACACUGCCAGGGCACAGGCGGUGUACCACCUGCAACGGUGGUGGAGAUGACACUUGGGUCAUCAACCUCACCCUUGCAUUUCUAUGAUGUGAGCUUGGUUGAUGGUUUUAACUUGCCAGUUUCAAUGGCUCCGGUUGGGGGUGGAAUUGGAUGUGGCGUGGCGUCGUGUGAAGUUGAUUUGAACAUCUGUUGUCCAUCAGCAUUGGAAGUCAGGAGAGGAAGCAAAGUGGUGGGGUGUCAAAGCGCAUGCUUGGCUAUGAAAUCAGCUAAGUAUUGUUGCACUGGUGAUUAUGCAAACCCCAAAACUUGCAAACCAACUCUGUUUGCCCAUCUUUUUAAGGCCAUUUGCCCAAAAGCCUAUAGCUAUGCUUUUGAUGACUCUUCCAGUCUGAACAAAUGCAGGGCCUCGCGGUAUGUUGUCACCUUCUGUCCUCCCAAAUGAGACCAAAUUAAGAAAGCACUCUUGGCUUCACAAGGAAGUUGUGAUUUGGUACUUAAGGAACUGUUGUUAUACUUUUGAUUAGGUAAUAGAUUUGGUUUAGUUUGUGAAUUUUUGUUAAGCUUCAUAUGGAAGAUCAUGGGCUGAAAAAGAAUGUAUGGUGAUACUAGUUGUUUCUCCUGUGGAUCCAAGGGACCUCAUGUGAGAUGUACUCAGUGAUAAUAUAAAUAUCUGUAGUUUGGCUUUUCUUC